AUGGAGGUGUUAUCUGUUUUGAUAAAGAGAGCUGCAUUUUUGAAUCUAAUCCCUGGGUUAAGGCCAUCUUCUGAAGCAUUUGAGAUCAAUCAUCUACAAUUUUCAGAUGAUUUAAUUGUCUUCGUUGAUGACAAUUGUGCACAGAAGGUGUUAGAUGAAAAUGCUGGAAACAGUUGGAAUUUUGAUUUUUGCAGAAAUUUUAGGGAAGCUGAGAUAGAAGACAUAGCUCAUCUCCUGAAUUUUUUGGAUACUUUUAAUAGAGGUGAAGGUCAGGAUCACAGAUUAUGGCAGAAUGGUACAAAAACAUUCUCAGUGGCAGAGUGUUAUAAAUCAUUGGAGGAUGAUGGCCUGCUAGUUUUCCCUUAUAAAAGCGUAUGGAAUCCAAAAAUACCACACAAGAUGAUUUUCUUUGUUUGGUCUCUCUGUUAUAAUGCUGCACCUAUAAUGGAUUUACUGAGGAAUUCAUAUAAUGUGAAUGGUUGUGUGUUAUGCAAGAAAAGUGCUGAAUCAAACCAACACUUUUUUUUGCACUGUGAUACAACUAGAGAAAUUUGGUUUUACUUCUUAAGUGCCUAG